CUAUGAAGGAAAACACGUUGUGUGGCGUCUUCACGGAGCUGACUCAGUAGAAGAUUGUUUGCAUUUAGGCGAGGCAUCACCUUCUCUGUUCCAGUCCAGUCACUCCUGUAAACCCAUGGAUUUAUCAGAAGUCUUAGAGGUGCUUGAGAAUUUGGCUCCCCUGCCAUUGGCAGAGCCAUGGGACAAUGUAGGACUCUUGGUGGAGCCAAGCAAAGUCCAUCCUGUUAAAACGGUCUUACUGACUAAUGACUUGACAGUACCUGUUAUGGACGAAGCUGAGGCCAUGAAUUGUGACCUCAUUGUCUCCUAUCACCCACCAUUGUUUCGGCCAAUCAAGCGAUUAGUUCAAAGGGACUGGAAGCAGCAGUUGGCUAUCAGGGCAGUCAAAGCAGGAAUUGCAAUUUACUCUCCCCAUACUGCCCUAGACUGUGUGAGAGGUGGGGUCAAUGACUGGCUGAUUGGCGGAGUAGGCAGUGGCAGUGUGUCAGUGUUAAGUCAGGCUGCCAGUAGCACUCCCCUAACUCACAAACUGGAAUUCACUGUGAGGAAUCAUGAGGAAUUGAAAAUGAUUUUGGCUGAACUAAUGGAUACAACAGGGAAGUUAGAGUACACUACCACAAGAUCUGAUGGCGAUGGGUACAAUGUAAGCCUCAUCUGUCCAGACUCCAUCCUGACUGCUGCUGUCCAAACUCUGUCACAACAUGCUACUUCUAAGGAAUCUCUCAGCAUUCUGCAACUUACCAAGCUGCCUCUCCCUGGUUGUGGUCAGGGGCGAAGGAGCAUUUUGGAUGAACCCAUCUCUAUAGCUACAGCCGUGCAACGAAUCAAGUCACACUUGGGCCUGAGCCACGUGAGACUGGCUCUUGGUGCCCAGCAUACACUUGAGUCUGCAGUCAACACAGUGGCAGUGUGUGCUGGAUCUGGAGGGUCAGUUCUGAAUGCGGUGAAAGCUGAUCUCUACAUCACAGGGGAAAUGUCACAUCAUGAGGUCCUGGAUGCUGUGGCUGCUGGUACUAGUGUUAUCCUGAGCGACCAUAGCAACAGUGAGCGAGGUUUCCUCUCUGUGCUGAAAGAAAGGUUGUCAGUGCGUCUCUCUGACUCCAUCUCCAUCAAGCUGUCCCAAAGAGACAGGGACCCUCUGGAGAUACUCUGAAUCCAUAAGGAAUGUCACUGUUGAUUAGACGGCCUGACGGUUACAUUCUCACACACAUUUAUCUUAAACCUGUUGGGACGAAGCAGUAAAACGUAUUUUCAGUUGUGUAAAUCAACAUAGACCAGUUAAGUAGAAAUAUCUUUGCUAUUAAGUAUAUAGAUAUGGACCUGUAUUCCCAGCUGUUAAAUAAAAUGUUCCUUGCUCCCUCCUCCACACACAUACCUAUUUUUUUUGAGAAAUAGGACUUGAACGCAACUCUGAAGUACUUGACAUCAAGGAGUUUAAUCACUAUAAAUAAAUAUCAAUUUUUCCCCACAAUCUGUGAUAACUGAUGUUCAGGAAAAAAUUUAUAUAUAAAAUAAUUUGCAUGGGAUGGUUAUAACGAGUGCAGGAAAUACUGGAAUAUCUCCCUACUAUCACACUGUUACCUGAUGGCUGAGCUAGUAGUUGUGUUGCACUUGGCAGUUGCUGCUGGAAGUGGUGUUGGUGAACCGGUAGGUGGCAGUGUCUACAAGGCUCUGUCUGGAUUAAGAUGCCUCGUGCUUUGAUGUAAACCGCGGGUUUUCAAACUUCGUCCUGCAGACCCACUAUGUCUGCCGGUUUUCCUUCAUAUCCUAAUUGCAACCAAAGAGUAGUGAGCUGUCAGUUCUUAAUUAAACACUUCAUUUCUUCAGAAGGCUGAUUCACUCUCUUAAGGUAAUUUGCUGUCAAAAACUGUUAUAUAUACCAUGGAGAAUAAAUAUUACAUACUCA